AUGGUAUAUUGUGAUCUCUUGUUACGAGGGAAACAGAAAUAUUGCAGUUUCAGUUCAUCGUUAGAUAUGGGAUGCGUUAACUCCACAUAUUCUCCUGAUGGGAACGCUAAGAGAAGGUUCAAACGAAACAAAGAAGAUGCAACGAAAUCACUGAUCCACAACCACAAGAAAGACCAUUCAUCAAACAGGUUGAAAGAAAAGAUAGAAAGAGUAGUGUCGAAUGAAAAAGAAAGAGAUAAUAGUAAUAGUGAGGCAAAGGGUGUUGCUAGAAACGAUAACAAGAGUGAUGAGGUUGGUGAGAAUGUUCCUCAGAGAUCUCAGGAAAAGAAGAAUAUUGGUGCACACUCUGAGUUUGUGGAGGGGUGGCCAAAAUGGCUAGUUGAUAAUAUCCCACCAAACGUGUUGGAUAGCUUGGUUCCCAAGAGUGUUGAUUCCUAUGAAAAACUUGGAAAGUUGGGGCAUGGAACAUAUAGCAAUGUAUACAAAGCCAGAGAUAAGGAGAGUGGAAAGAUUGUUGCUUUGAAGAAGGUAAGGUUUGACACAUCAGACCCUGAAAGCAUAAAGUUUAUGGCAAGAGAGAUAAUGAUUCUGCAGAAGCUGGAUCAUCCCAAUGUCAUCAAACUCAAAGGACUUGCAACAUCAAGGAUGCAAUAUAGUCUUUAUCUUGUUUUUCGUUACAUGCACUCUGAUCUUACAAGAAUCAUCUCUCGUCCUACGGAUAAACUCACUGAAGAACAGAUCAAGUGUUAUAUGCAGCAACUGCUUCUGGGGCUACAGCACUGUCAUGAGAGAGGAGUUAUGCAUAGAGACAUUAAACCUUCCAACUUGUUAGUAGAUAAAAAAGGGGUGCUAAAAAUUGCAGAUUUUGGGCUAGCAAAUUCUUUUGCUAUAAAACCUGAAGGGCCUUUCACUAAUCGAGUGGUGACACUUUGGUAUAGAGCUCCUGAACUUCUUUUGGGUUCGACUGAUUAUGGAUAUGAAAUUGAUCUCUGGAGUGCAGGAUGCUUGUUGGCUGAGAUGUUCCUUGGAAGGCCACUUAUGCCUGGGAGAACAGAGGUUGAACAACUUCACAUGAUCUUCAAACUUUGUGGUACACCUUCUGCGGAUUAUUGGAUGAGAAGGAAGCUAACGACGAGCUUAUUUCCACCACUACAUUACAAAGCUAAUUAUGAUGAAAACUUUAAGCAUUUUCCUUCCUCUGCUUCUGCUCUCUUGACUACACUUCUUCAUUUAGACUCUCAUGCACGUGCCACAGCUGCUUCUGCUCUUCAAAGCCAAGUCAGUUAGUUUUCUCUACCUUGCUUCUUGCAUGUGCACUUUGAUCA